UUUCUUUUCUAUUUCUAAACACCUUUUUAUGCCUUAAUGGUUUGGGAUUAGCUAUUGUGCAUUGUUACCAUAUUUUUUUUUCUCUUUCUUAGAUAUUUGCAUCGCCCAUGACGUCGAGAUCUCAUGAUCUACGCCUCUCAACCAAAUUUUUAGGAAUCUGCGAAGCACAACGCAGUUGACAGUGAUACUACUGUCUCGUAAAGUUUCCUACAGAAUAAACAUCAGGUGGGUCCAUGAUAAAGAUGUCGAUCCCAUAACACAUGUAUGUCUUAUAGAGCAGUCUGACAGCCAUAUCUAGUAUCAGAACAACGGGCAUGACCGGUUUGGCCGGGGGCAGCGAGGCGCCUCAACCCUCCAAGAUACCUUACUGGCGUUUAGUCCUUGAUCAAAAGGUUGUUACGCCCGAGGUGGUCAAUUAUCCCUACAUAGGGUCAGGGACCGAAGAUGACCCUUAUGCUGUCACUUGGAUUCCUAAUGACCCGCGCAACCCGAUGAACUUUAGCGAGGUUAGAAAAUGGUCCUAUACAGUCUUGGUAUCUUUUGUCACUCUCACAGUUGCAUUGGUUUCCUCUGCAUAUUCCGGAGGAAUGGGCCAAAUUGUAAAAGACUUUAACUGCGAAGAGGAAAUUGCUAUUCUCGGUAUCUCCCUCUUUGUCUUGGGUUUCGCCUUUGGGCCAUUGAUAUGGGCCCCAAUGAGUGAGACAUUCGGCCGUCGGCAUAUCUUUACUGGCACAUUCUUCCUCCUGACUGCUUUCAAUGCGGGGGCUGCUGGCUCUCAGAAUAUCCAAACCCUCGUGAUUCUCCGUUUUCUGGCUGGUUUCUUCGGGUCAUCGCCUUUUGGAAAUGCAGGAGGUACUAUUGCGGAUAUGUUUCCGGCUGCUAAGCGCGGUAUUGCGAUAAGUCUCUUUGCUGCUGCACCACUCUGCGGCCCUACCUUUGGUCCAGUAAUAGGAGGUUUCCUUGGUUCUGCUGCGGGCUGGCGCUGGGUGGAAGGUUUCCUCGCGGCACUGGCAGGUGUUAUCUGGCUGUCCAUGUGUGUAUUACUACCAGAAACGUAUGCUCCAGUCCUUCUGCGGCGUCGAGCCGAAAAACUUUCUGAAUUGAGUGGCCAUAUCUACCGCAGCAAAUUGGAUAUCGAACGAGGCAAGGCAACAUUGACAAAGACAUUGACUACAGCUCUCUCACGCCCCUGGCUUCUGCUUUUCAAAGAACCCAUUGUGCUUUUGUUCUGUAUCUAUAUGGCUAUCAUAUACGGAACGCUGUACAUGUUGUUUGCAGCCUAUCCGAUUGUCUUCCAGCAAGUCCGCGGCUGGAGUGAGGGUAUUGGAGGCUUAGCGUUCAUGGGCAUUCUAGUAGGGAUGAUCAUUGCAGUCGCUUGCACCUUUCCUGAUAAUUUCCGGUAUGCUAAAUUGUGUGAGCAAACCACGGGUCGCCUUGCACCUGAGGUUCGCUUACCUCCAAGCAUUGUUGGAGGCAUCGCCUUGCCAAUUGGCCUUUUCUGGUUCGCAUGGACCAAUUCUCCAACCAUCCACUGGAUGGUGCCGGUCGCUGCAGGCGUGCCGUUUGGAUUUGGACUGGUCUUAGUUUUCCUCAGUGUCUUCAACUAUCUGAUCGACGCCUAUACGAUCUAUUCGGCAUCGGUGCUGGCAGCUAAUUCAGCUCUUCGGUCUCUCUUCGGUUUCGCAUUCCCUCUGUUCACCACUUAUAUGUAUCGCAACCUGGGGAUUCAUUGGGCAUCUUCAAUUCCGGCUUUCUUGUCGGUUGCCUGUGUGCCAUUCCCCAUCCUAUUUUAUCUGUAUGGAGCCCAGAUCCGUAAGCGUUGCGUGUUCGCUGCUGAGGCCGAAGCAUUCAUGCAACGUCUCGCAGCCAAGCAGAAUGAACCUCCGCAUGAAGAACCAGCUCAAGAGAAAGUGACUUCAGCUGAGAAAGCCGAGUCUAUCUCUAUGAGUAGUGACAGUGACGAUUCCGAUAGAAGUUGCACAGUGCCGUCCCAAGUCGCACUGGAUCGACAAAGGUCUCGGGUAUCCAGAAAGUCCGGACGGUCUCUCGGUCGCACAGCGACACAAUAUGAAGAAAAUCCUUACGAUAUUGAUCGCCGGACAUACAAAUUUUAUGGAAGAUCAAGCGAAGCGGCGGAACAGUCGCUGAGGAGACUAUUUUACCCGACAAUCUUCGUACCGCCAUCGCAGAGGGCCGAGUGCGCGUCGAGCCGUGGUUGGAGGCGGAACCUAUCUGCAUUCUCCUGA